AUGGCACCAUAUCCUACAAGAAAAACCCUAAGGAAACAGCAUUGUAUUGGGACUUCCAAAUCCAAAGAAAUUCAGGAACCUUCAAUGGAGUUGUCCAGUACUGGUGUUUGCAAUAGCAGUAGUACUUCAAGCGAAGAAGACGAGAAUGGUGUGGAUAUAAGGUCUGCAGGCAGCUGUUGUACACCUAAGGGUAAAAGAUACAGAAUACCCAACAACUUGUCGUGUCCACCCGCCCCCAAGAAGCCAAGAUACGUCAUUACUUCAAACUUGUCAUUGCCAACAUCAUCUCCUGUUGCCUUCUAUGCUCCUCCGGAUAUAGACCUUUUCUUCUUAUUUGCACUUAAUAAUAUAUGA